UUGGCGGCGGCCGCGGCGGCCGCGGAGGUCUCUUGCUCAGCAGCCUAGCCACACGGGCUCUGGCUCCUCCCAGUGGCCGGCCGGGGCGGAAGCAGGAGGCGGGGGCAGCGUGCGCGCUGCUGGUCCGCUCUCCCGCGGCGCUGGGGCCCGCGCUCCGCGGCGGCUGCUCGACUCGGCGCUUCGGAAGCGGCGAGCUCCUGUCCGCGCCUUCCGCCCGCCCUCUCCUCGACCAGGCCUCCUCCUACGUCCCGGCCCGUGGCGUUGACCCCAUCGGCCCCUCUCCCGCCCCGUCUCAUCUCUGGCCGCCGCCGCGGCCGCAGCCCCGAUGGCUCUGUGCAACGGAGACUCCAAGGGAUCGAAGCCGUACCCCCUGCAUUGAAAGGAGGAUUCUUUACUACUGGACCACCAGGGAAGUCCCAGCACUUUCUUGUUCUUACCAGAAGAUGUCAAUACAAGUUUUUCAGCUGGAGAAUGCUGGAGGAGACCUUAAGGAUGGCCACCACCACUACGAAGGAGCUGUUGUCAUUCUGGAUGCGGGUGCUCAGUACGGGAAAGUCAUAGACCGAAGAGUGAGGGAACUGUUUGUGCAGUCUGAAAUCUUCCCCUUGGAAACACCAGCAUUUGCCAUAAAAGAGCAAGGAUUCCGUGCUAUUAUCAUCUCUGGAGGACCUAAUUCUGUGUAUGCAGAAGAUGCCCCCUGGUUUGAUCCAGCAAUAUUCACUAUUGGCAAGCCUGUUCUUGGAAUUUGUUAUGGCAUGCAGAUGAUGAAUAAGGUAUUUGGAGGUACUGUGCACAAAAAAAGUGUUAGAGAAGAUGGAGUCUUCAGUAUUAGUGUGGAUAACACAUGCUCAUUAUUCAGGGGCCUUCAGAAGGAAGAAAUUGUUUUGCUUACCCAUGGAGAUAGUGUAGACAAAGUAGCAGAUGGAUUCAAGGUUGUGGCACGUUCUGGGAACAUUGUAGCAGGUAUAGCAAAUGAAUCUAAAAAAUUGUAUGGAGUCCAGUUCCACCCCGAAGUUGGCCUUACAGAAAAUGGGAAAGUAAUACUGAAGAAUUUCCUCUACGAUAUAGCUGGGUGCAGUGGAACCUUCACUGUGCAGAACAGAGAGAUUGAGUGCAUUCGUGAGAUCAAAGAGAGAGUUGGCACGUCAAAAGUUUUGGUUUUGCUCAGUGGUGGAGUGGACUCAACAGUUUGUACAGCUUUGUUGAAUCGCGCUUUAAACCAAGAUCAAGUCAUUGCUGUGCACAUUGAUAAUGGCUUUAUGAGAAAACGAGAAAGUCAGUCUGUUGAAGAGGCCCUCAAAAAGCUUGGAAUUCAAGUCAAAGUGAUAAAUGCUGCUCAUUCUUUCUACAAUGGAACAACAACUCUACCAAUAUCAGAUGAAGACAGAACUCCACGAAAGAGAAUUAGCAAAACGUUAAAUAUGACUACAAGUCCUGAGGAGAAAAGAAAAAUCAUUGGGGAUACUUUCGUUAAGAUUGCCAAUGAAGUAAUUGGAGAAAUGAACCUGAAACCAGAGGAGGUUUUCCUUGCCCAAGGUACUUUACGGCCUGAUCUAAUUGAAAGUGCAUCCCUUGUUGCAAGUGGCAAAGCUGAACUCAUCAAAACCCAUCACAACGACACAGAGCUUAUCAGAAAGUUGAGAGAGGAGGGAAAAGUAAUAGAACCUUUGAAAGAUUUUCAUAAAGAUGAAGUAAGAAUUUUAGGCAGAGAACUUGGACUUCCAGAAGAGUUAGUGUCCAGGCAUCCAUUUCCAGGGCCAGGCCUGGCAAUCAGAGUAAUAUGUGCUGAAGAACCUUAUAUAUGUAAGGAUUUUCCUGAAACCAACAAUAUUUUGAAAAUAGUAGCUGAUUUUUCUGCAAGUGUUAAAAAGCCACAUACACUAUUACAAAGAGUCAAAGCCUGCACAACAGAAGAGGAUCAGGAGAAGCUGAUGCAAAUUACAAGUCUGCAUUCACUGAAUGCCUUCCUGCUACCAAUUAAAACUGUGGGUGUGCAGGGUGACUGUCGCUCUUACAGUUACGUGUGUGGAAUCUCCAGUAAGGAUGAGCCUGACUGGGAAUCUCUUAUUUUCCUGGCUAGACUUAUACCUCGCAUGUGUCACAACAUUAACAGAGUUGUCUAUAUAUUUGGCCCACCAGUAAAAGAACCUCCUACAGAUGUUACUCCCACUUUCUUGACAACAGGGGUGCUCAGUACUUUACGCCAAGCUGAUUUUGAGGCCCAUAACAUUCUCAGGGAGUCUGGGUAUGCUGGGAAAAUCAGCCAGAUGCCGGUGAUUUUGACACCUUUACAUUUUGAUCGGGACCCACUUCAGAAACAGCCUUCAUGCCAGAGAUCUGUGGUUAUUCGAACCUUUAUUACUAGUGAUUUCAUGACUGGUAUACCUGCAACCCCUGGCAAUGAGAUCCCUGUAGAGGUGGUGUUAAAGAUGGUCACAGAGAUUAAGAAGAUUCCUGGUAUUUCUCGAAUUAUGUAUGACUUAACAUCAAAGCCCCCAGGAACUACUGAGUGGGAGUAAUAAACUUCUUGUUCUACUAAAGUUCCGUGUGCAGUUUAAAUUGAUUAGAAACCAUUCCCAGUAUUGACAUGCCGUACUGUCCAGAGAGUUACUGGAGCAACUACAUCACAUCUGAGUUCUCUACAGCAAAAAUCUACAGCUUAUGAGCUGAGUUGGGGAUAACUAAAAGGGACUGAAGAGUUUGUACGGGUAUAAUCAAAGCACCAUUGCCUACACUCAGACAGACUGACAUUGCUUUUGCCUUUGCCUCUGCCUCACUUGUUCUUUAUGUAUAAACUCACUGUUGCUAUUGAUGUCUCUGUCAUCAAAGAUGUAUAGAAGUGGGUGAGUUUGGGGGCUGGUAAUGGACUUCUGUCCCCUUGCCAGUUUCUAAGAAAUGUUAGAAACACCAUUAUUUACCAGUGUGACUUAGUAUGUAUACCUUUUGGAGAAUCUGAGUUUCCCUGUAAGUAACCUUAUUCCUCCAAAGGUUCCGAGAAGCAGUCAACAUAUCAGAUAAAGGUAUAGGUGGUCUGUUCCGUCCACUUCUGCAGGACACUGGGGCCAUGAAAUGGUAAGCUAUCUUAAGAUGGAAAAGCACCAGGAAUUUGUUGAAGUACUUUGAAUUUUAUGUCAUCACAGCCAUGGGAGGAAGGAACUAUGAGUAGUCUCAGUUUAAAAUGUUUUCCAGUCAUGCGUCACAUUGCACACUGUCAACCUUUUCAUUAGUAAGGAGCUUUAUCUUCCCAGCCUUAUACUGCCAGCUCCCAUAGACUUGUAGAGGAAGUUUCUGUCCUCUCCCCGGAAGAGACUGUCUUUGGUCUAGCGUAGAUAAAAUUCGAUCAUUUUAAUCUUGUUUGGUCAGAGGAGCAGCUCUGAGAUCACAGAAACCAUCAUGCAUGCCCACAGCUUACAAAUGCAUGCCUUCAGUUUAUAUAAUCUAGUAAAGAGUUGUAAAAUGAGCUCUUAGAUGUAUUCUAUAGAUACAUUUUUUGUGCACUGCUCAGAAGAUUGUGACCAGUCUUGGCCAAUGCAAAGUAUUGCCAACUUUGUACUCCUUUCUGUCACCUGUAAGAGAAGAUUCAAGAACUGGUGUAGGACUCUUUGCCAUUGCCACCAGUUUCUAACAGGUGCGUUUGUAACAUUCAUAUAAGCACUAUAAAGAUAGACAGUACUAGAUCUGAAUUCUGCAACUAUUUCUCUCUCAAUAUUUUAGCUGAUGUUACUAUUUAAAAAUGUUACCAUGUUUUUCUCAUACCAAUUCCAUCUCAGGUUGCUGCCUCUUAUCUAACCUUCAAGAUCUUUUGUAUUAAUCAGGCAUACAAUUUUCUUUGGGAUUCAGUGUUAGGUAAAUAAUAAAACUACACACGGCAGAAGACAUCCUUUCAUUCUGUUUGGCCCAGGAUAUAAGAAAACUGUGUUGCUGGACCAGCAAGGGAAGAGCUUCUGACUGCUAAAACAGAUACCUGUAUCUGAGAGACAGGAGUAUUUGACUUCUGUAAAACUUGACGGGUUCAUUCUCUGUCUUGAUGAGGUACUCGUAAUGGCCUUUUGCAAAGAGGGUAUAUUAGUGUUCUGGCCUUAACAGAUUUGGAGGCAUGUUAUUUUAGAGCUGGAAUAGACAACAUAUGAAAGGCUUAUAAGCAUUUGUGUUUAUAUGAAAAGAAUUCCUCUUCUAGCAAAAGUGUCUUAUGAUUUUGUAUUCAAGCAAAUGAUAGGAAUCUAGGAAGACUUUUUUUCCUAAAGUAUAUUUUGUGGAAUGCUGUUCCACACAGAUAAAGGGUUAGGUGGUCAUAUAAGUUUGGAAAGUGCUGCUCACUUGUCCUUCUGUCUUGGAGAUUUAUGGUAUACGUUAUUUUCAAAGCUCUGAGAAAUUUAGAAGUUAGAAACAAUUGUUUUUUGUUCCUAAUGUUUUUCUGAUAUUUGUUCACUUAAACCCCUUAAUCCUUCUUAAAACUGGAAAAAUGGUUUUUCCACAGCACAUCUUGACAUGAUAUAGUAAAAAAAAUUCUGAAAUUCAGAGACUUCUUAGUAUUCAGUACCCUCUCUUCCUUUUCAAAGCACUUCUUACUUUGUGCUAUAUAGUAUUACUAUAUACCUUUACAGUAUUUCAUCCGAGGACCUGAGAAAAGUUAAGGUUGCAGUGCCAUUUUACAGUUAAGGGAACAAGCUCAGCUUAGUAAUGGUUACUUAGAGUUUCAGAAUUAAAUGUAGGAUUUCCCAGUUAUUCUUUCUUCAAGUGAAUUUUGGCACCUAAAAUUAUGAUAAACUUAUGGGAUGGUUAUUUUUGACCAAGGCUUAGAACAAUGGCUCUCUGUCUAAUAACAUUCAUCGUUGGUUAUCCUUGAAAGCUCAUGACUGCAUUCCCAUCACUCACCACGUACCUGGGACACCUCUCUAUCUAAUAAAUAUAUUUGUUUCUUUGUACCUAUUAGAAGGAGGAAGGCAGGUUUGUGAAAGCAUCAUUUAUUCCUAAGACUGGUAGGCAUGAAAGAAAUUUCAAGAACCAAAUAUCUUGUCCCACCUUUGUGGCCCCAUUUAUGAUCAUCAGCUCUAAGUAACAACCUGGCAUAAUUUCUGAGAGUAGGUCUUUAGAUGUUUCUGGGAGGUAGGGUUACCCAAGUUUUCCCAUCUUUUGCCACUCCUUUAUCCUAAGAUAGAUGCAUGCAUGUAGCCAAACAAGCCUCAUAAAAGUUUGUUUCCUUGCUAUGUUUGGGCUUAUCUCCUAUUAUCUUGUUUUAUUGAGUAACUUGAACCAAACCUCUAGAAAAUGAGGGCCUUCAGAGUAGGUAGGUAGGGCUGUUCAUCUUUAGUGCUUUAUCUUGCCAUUAAAUAGCUGUGUGAACUAGGUCAUUUCUGUUCUUUUUUACAUGUAAGAUGAGGCAAUUGAAUUAUAUUUACGUCAAACCCAGCUCUAAAUUCUUACUUUAUAAAUAACAACAACAAAAAAAAACAUAGCAGGAGAUAGAAUGGAGAAAUGGGAUAGUUUUAAGUGCUUUUAACAUCAGAUAUGACCCAGUCAAAAGUAAACAUCAAAAUACAUUGUAAAAUCAGAUGUUAAUUAACUUUUUUUGAACCAUGGGCAUAGAUGAAGGUUUGACCACUUGAGAGUCUUUCUUCUUUUGUGACCAUGACACUUGGAAGAUACUCAUCAACAACGUGUUCCUAGUGGUGGUCUCUUCACUAUGUGUUUUUGGAAAAGUUGACAGUAUGCUUUGGCUUUGAGACCAGUGAAAAGUCUCCCAUACUCAGUUAUAUACGGCUAAUUGUUGGCAGAGCAAGGAUCCAGGUUUUCUGCUCUCUACAUUGAAAAGGUAGUACUCCAAGGCCCUUCUAAGCAAGGCUUAACAGGAAGUUCUCAGUGUGCAAUUGACCAUCAGGGAUAAGUGUAUUUCCAAGGUGUUAAUCAUCUCCUUACAAUUAAGUGACUGAUUACGUUUCUGGAAAUACUGCUGUUUCUCAGAGUCUUCUGUCACUCUCAUGCCCGGUGUUAUACCUCUGUUUUCUUCCUACCUUUCCAAACAGCUCCCUUUGCUACUCCCAACACCCUCCUCCUCUUUCCCCGUCUUCUGAAUUGCUACUGAAAUGUGGUGAGAACACACCUUAGCUAUUACCUCAGGAGAUGCUCCUUCCAUUGACCUCAGUUAGAAUCUUUUUUGACUGUUCAUAAUUUUAUUUAUUUAUUUUUGGUUUUUUUACCUUUAUUUUUUUUUCUUAAUUUUUAUUGGGGUAUAGUUGAUUUUCAAUGUUGUGUUAGUUUCAGGUGUCCAGCAAAGUGAAUCUUUUGUACAUAUAUCCACUCCUUUUUAGUUUCUUUUCCCAUAUAGGCCAUUACAGAGUAUUGAGUAGAGUUCCCUGUGCUAUACGGUAGGUUCUUAUUAAUUAUCUGUUUUAUAUAUAGUAGUGUGUAUAUGUCAAUCCCAGUCUCCUAAUUUAUCCCUCCCGCUCCCUCUCCCCCUCCCCGUACCCCUGGUAACCAUAAGUUUAAUUUCUACAUCUGUAACUAUUUCUGUUUUGUAGAUAAGUUCAUUUGCAGCUUUUUUUAGAUUCUACAUUUAAGCAAUAUCAUGAUAUUUGUCUUUCUCUGUCUAACUUAAUUCACUCAGUACGACCAUCUCUGGGUCCAUCCGUGUUGCUGCAAAUGGUAUCAUUUCAUUCUUUUUUAUGGCUGAGUAAUGUUCCAUUGUAUAUAUGUGCCACAUGUUCUUUAUCCAUUCAUCUGUCGAUGGACAUUUAGGUUGCUUCUGUGCCUGGGAUAUUGUAAAUAGUGCUGCAGUGAACAUUGGUGUGUGUAUAUUUUUUCUAAUUAUGGUUUUCUCUGGAUAUAUGCCCAGGAGUGGGAUUGCUGGAUCAUAUGGUAGCUCUAUUUUUAGUUUUUUAAGUAACCUCCAUACUGUUCUCCAUAGUGGCUAUACCAGUUUACAUUCCCACCAACAGUAAUGAAAAUAAAAACAAAAAUAAACAAAUGGGACCUAAUUAAACUUAAAAGCUUUUGCACAGCAAAGGAAGCCAUAAACAAAACAAAAAGACAACCCUCAGAAUGGGAGAAAAUAUUUGCAAACGAAGCAGCUAAUGAGAUUACUCUCCAAAAUAUGCAAACAGCUCAUAUGGCUCAAUAUCAAAAAAACAACCCCAUAAAAAAAUGGACAGAAAAUCUAAAUAGACAUUUCUCCAAAGAAGACAUGCAGAUGAUUAAAAAGCACAUGAAAAGAUGCUCAGCAUCACUAAUUAUUAGAGAAAUGCAAAUAAAAACUAAAAUGAAGUAUCACCUCACACCAGUCAGAAUGGGCAUCAUCGAAAGAUCUACAAACAGUAAAUGCUGGAGAGGGUGUGGAGAAAAGGGAACCCUCCUACACUGUUGGUGGGAAUGUAAACUGGAACACCCAAUUAGAACUUAACAGGGAAAUGAAUACAAGUUGGAUGUCUCCACGCUUGGAAAGUAUGCCUUUGUCCUUACUGAGGUAGUUUAGCCACACAAAUAAUGUAGGAAACCACAGAAUCUUUUUCAUCAGUGUGGGGCCUUGACAACAAUAACAGUGGCAUCCUUGGCUCUUACAUUCCCAAACAUUUCAUUUAAUGACAAAAAAUUUGAAAUCCUCCAAAGAUUGCCAAAAUGCUGGCACCCAACCCUAGUCUUAUAUAUUGAAGAGGCCCAGGUAUACCACCCAAUUCUAACCAUUUUCAGUGGUUCUCAACCCUGGAUGCUUGUUAUUACUGCUUGAAAAGUUAAGUCUGUAUAACACCCAGACCCCAGAAUCACAUAAGUUAAAUUAGAAUCUUGGCAAGGCCCAAGCAUUGACAGUUUAAAAUCUUCCAGCUGGAAUAAGUUGUUAUUGAGGGACAUACCUGAUCUCUUUAGUUACAGCUUAAAAUUUUGGUCAAACAUAGGUGAGAAGAGAAGGCCCUAGAUACUGUCUUGUUGAAGAUCCAUACAGAUAAAUUAGUUCAAAGCUAGGGACCCAACUCUGGAACUGAUUCUACCUAAUCAGGUUAUCCCUACUAUCCAAAAGUAGAGCUUUCCUGUGAAGGAUUUUCCUAAGCCAAAAUGGCAUAAAGCAAAGAAGCAAGGACACAUUACCUUAGGACACAUCUUGCUAGUGAUGUACAAAAUAAAUCCAGAUAAAGCACAGAUGCUCACAGACACAGUUCAAAGCCCUGGCAGCUUGAUGCUGAGUGUUGUUCCCAGGGAAGGAGCUUGGCAGCACCACUUUUGCUGCUUGGAGUGUGCGCUACCUCUAUGCUAGCUCACUGCAGAACAAAUGCUGAAUGCUGUUUUCACUUUUCAUCAUUUUUUGUAAAGCAAAACUCCUUUUCCAACUUCUUUCAAUUUGUGAAAAUAGGAACUACUGUUGGUCUUUUGCAAAAGUGAAGUGUAAGUGAACUUUCAAAAAGCAGGAAAUACCUGUACUGUCUUGUAGGUCAGACACUCCAAAGGCCCAUUUGGUAAUAUUCAGGGUAG